UCUGUACCUGUUGAGUCCAAAUAGUUUCCCUAACUCAUCAUGACGGCACUGUUGCUUCGGCGGUCGACAUCUUUAAAGGAGAUGGGAGAUCAGUUAGUGCUUCAACGCAUUCCGUUCGUGCUACAAUCAGAGAGGAGGUGUGAGAAGAGGUUUCGUGCGCUUAGUAUGGUUUUAAGCUUCCAAGAUGCUUUGGCAUCUACUUGCCCGCACUUUGUCGAAGUUUUACAGGUGCGACGCAUUAGGUUUGGAAAUGAAUUUGGAGCAGUGUACUACCUAAGGAGUUCAAAUGAUACAGUUGUACGGGUUGGAGAGUCAGCGUCACGAAGCACACAUAAGUUACGAUACAUCGCUGAUGUGCCUUUCAUAAAGAAAUAUUCAGUUUUGUUUGAGCUUGGUGAACAGUUUGAGUGGGAAAAAGCUAAGGACUUUGAAGAUUGGUUGAGUUCGAUUGUCAAUGCAAGGCCAAGGUUCAUUCAGCCUUUUUACCGUUCGUCCAAUGCUUUACCUAUUCUUCCUACUCCCCCCCGCGAUCAUCACUGCUGUUGGUUUGUGGAAGUUGUCCAAAUCAGAGAGAAUAUGACAGUGACUAUACCGGAAGAGUUUGUUCCGUAUAUCUUUGCAGCACCAGAUGCUGUAGUGAUAAUCCAUAGUGGUGCUCGGUACUUCCAUGUGAAACUGAAGAAUGAUGAAUUGACUGUAGGUUGGGAUCAUGUUGCUCUUACCCACAAUCUUGGAAGGAAUUAUAUCCUUAUGUCUGGGUUAGUUGGACACCUGCAAUUCGACCUAUUUGUGUUUGAUGAAGAAGGGUGUGAGAUUAGCUAUGAUUGGUCUACUACUCUACCAAUUCAUUAAACAAACGCUCCGAUAGGAUGGGAUGUAGAGUUGGCCAUGUCUAAUGCUAAUGCUUGUAAGUAUGCAGUUACUAUUACAUUUGUUAUUGUGAGUAAUUCAAAAUAGUUGCUAAUACUUUGUGUGCCUACCUACAGCUACGGCUUUAACUGCUCGUCCACCAAGCAGUUUUAGGGCUUCUAGGCAUGCAUUGCGGUGCAAUCUACUACUGUCGCCUUCUGAUCUAGAGAUGCUGGAACUGCCUCCGCGAUUCCAGCUAUUUUGCCAAACUCAUGGCUAUGAAUAUUUUAGAUUGGUGUCGAGAGGAAGAAGUUGGUUUGUGCGGUAUGUGGCUGGGCACUUUGUUGUCUAUGGUUGGAAAUUAUUUGUUGGCGAACACAAACUUGAGAGCUUUGACAUGUUGGUGCUGAGUCCCGAUAUCAACCUCCAAUUGCAUACCAUGGUUUUCAGUGUGAAUGAUUGCGAGCGUAUCUAUUGGUGGUACUAAUGUUAAUUUCGACCAC